AUGUAUCAGUACUUCGUCCUUGCUGCCGCUCUACUCCAAGUGGGCCAUGGGCAGCUCGUUGGUACGCAGCAAACAGAAACCCAUCCCGGGAUGACAUGGCAGUCUUGCACUGCGAAGGGUAGCUGCACAAACAAGAAUGGCAAGAUUGUCAUCGAUGCUAAUUGGCGAUGGCUCCACAAGAAAGAAGGCUACGAUAACUGCUAUACAGGCAAUGAAUGGGAUGCGACGGCCUGCCCAGACAACAAAGCAUGUGCUGCUAACUGUGCCGUCGACGGUGCCGAUUACAGUGGCACAUAUGGCAUUACCGCCGGCAGUAACUCCUUGAAGUUGAAGUUCGUCACCAAGGGCUCUUAUUCGACGAACAUCGGUUCUCGAACAUACCUGAUGAAGGAUGACACUACUUAUGAGAUGUUCAAAUUUACAGGAAAUCAAGAGUUCACUUUCGACGUUGACGUGUCGAACCUGCCAUGUGGCUUCAAUGGUGCCUUAUACUUCGUUUCCAUGGAUGCAGACGGCGGAUUGAAGAAGUACUCGACUAACAAAGCUGGCGCCAAGUAUGGAACAGGGUAUUGCGAUGCCCAGUGUCCACGGGAUCUGAAGUUCAUCAAUGGCGAGGGCAAUGUUGAGGGCUGGAAACCAUCUUCCAACGAUGCAAAUGCAGGUGUUGGAGGCCACGGUUCGUGCUGCGCUGAGAUGGAUAUCUGGGAAGCGAACUCUGUCAGCACGGCAGUUACCCCCCACUCAUGUUCCACAAUCGAACAAACUCGUUGCGACGGUGACGGUUGCGGCGGUACGUAUUCUGCCGACCGUUACGCUGGCGUAUGCGAUCCGGACGGCUGCGACUUCAACAGCUAUCGCAUGGGUGUCAAAGAUUUCUAUGGUAAGGGCAAGACUGUCGACACGUCAAAGAAAUUCACCGUGGUCACGCAAUUUGUCGGCACUGGUGAUGCCAUGGAGAUCAAGCGCUUCUAUGUCCAAAACGGCAAAACUAUUGCGCAGCCUGCAUCUGCCGUCCCUGGCGUGGAGGGCAACUCUAUCACAACUAAAUUCUGCGACCAGCAAAAGGCCGUUUUCGGAGACACCUACACAUUUAAAGACAAAGGCGGUAUGGCGAACAUGGCAAAGGCUCUUGCCAACGGUAUGGUCCUUGUGAUGAGUCUGUGGGACGACCAUUACAGCAACAUGCUCUGGCUUGACUCGACGUAUCCCACGGACAAGAACCCAGAUACCGAUCUAGGUACUGGCAGGGGAGAGUGCGAGACAUCAAGUGGCGUACCAGCAGAUGUUGAAAGCCAACACGCUGAUGCUACAGUUGUCUAUAGCAACAUCAAGUUUGGACCGCUGAACUCGACUUUUGGUUGA